AAGAAGAAGAAGAAAAGAAGAAGAAGAAGAAGAAGAAGAAGAAGAGAAACAACAACAACAACAACAGCAACAACACAGCACAGCCACAGCCACAACAACAAGAAGCAUGGCAGCGGAGGAAGAUGAUUAUAUGUCUGAUGCUUUUCUUAACCCUUUAAUGGAUGUUCGGCCUGGUGUGCCAAAGGUGAAACGUUUAAAGGAGUCUCUAAGACGAGAGACUUUGCACAAAGAGAAAAAUAUUCUUAACCAGCAAAAAAGCUACAAGGAAAAAGAGCAGACCAGACGAGAUGUUGCUUUGCAGAACUCUCUAAGUAGUGAAAAUAAAGGGUUUGCUUUGCUGCAGAAAAUGGGCUAUACAGCAGGACAAGGUCUGGGAAAAGAAGGUACUGGACGAGUUGAACCAAUUCCCCUUAACAUAAAAACUGACAGGGGGGGCAUUGGAAUGGAAGAACAAAAGAAAAGGAAAGCAGAAGAGAAGUUAAGAAAUGAGAGAAAAAGAUUGCAAGUGAAGCAGCAUAUGGAGAAGCAGUCUCUUGAGGAUUUCAGAGAGCGCAAAAGAACUGAAAGAGAACACCGUGAAACUGAAGGAGACCUGAGGAAAAGUCAGUGGGCCUGUGAACAGCUGGACAAACAAAAGGGAAUAAUUGUUCCAAAGGACAGUUGGUAUUGGGCCGAAGAAGUUAAGAAUCAAGAGGCAGAGCAUGAUGAGCCCAACACUGAAGGAAGUAAAGACGAUACAGAAUUAACGUCAUUAGUGAAGCUGGAGUUUAUAACGUCAUACCUGAGGAGUGUGCAUUUCUACUGCAUAUGGUGUGGGACAGCAUAUAGAGAUGAGGAGGAUAUAAACACAAACUGUCCAGGUUGUACAGCAUCAAAUCACAAUGAGUAAAGGAAGAACCAUAAUAUGAAUGCCUAUGUCCCCUCUCUUUCUUAUUUUAAAUACAGAUCUUUAAUUGCCCAAUUACAUUUUGUCUUUUGUUAGGUCAUUUUUUUGGAAUUUUUUUUAUUUUAUUUUAUUUUUUUUUUCCUUCUGUAGGUUUUUUUAAAUUUGUGAUUUUAAGAACACCUGUAAUGUUGUAAUGGUGUCAGUUCAUUUAAACUAAUUAAAUGGUUUUUCAUCUAUUUCCACUGUUUAUGGCUAGUGCACUAGAUGACACAUAUGAGCCCACAUUUUCUAUCACUCUAGAGCAGGGGGUCACCAACCUUUUUAAGACUGAGGGCUACUUCAAGGGAACUGAGUAGUAUGAAGGGCUACUGGUUUGAUACAAACUUCCUCAAGAGCAAAAUUCACUGAUCACUUUUUAAUAAUAAUAAUAAUAAUAAUAAUAUGGUGAAGAGACUGCUCACAUAUCAAUGUUAAUUAUUCUCCACAAUUAUUAACAAUGAUUUAUACAACAAUGAUGGAAGGAAUUUUCACAAGUAAUUUAGCCUUUUUCAAAAAAUGUUCACAUUUCUGUGCACCAUUUUUAGUUUAAUGUUAUGGUGUUUUCAAUGAACACGUUAUCUCUUCUUUGUCUGUAAAUGUCUGUUAGUGGGAAGCCUGGCACUGCACUCUGCUCACCAUUGUACUGUAAUCUGGUGAAUAAUUUGACACUGCAAUCUGAGUGAGUCUUGUAAAUGUGCAUCUUGUAAAUGUGUUCUGUGUUUGUUCUUGAUAAAGUUCAUGUUAGAAAAGGCUGAUUCACAGAGAUAGGUUGAACCAAAAAGGCAUGCAAAUUUCAUAGCUGCUGUGCAUACACCACUGUACUUUUCUGUGUCCACAAGGCACCAAAAGUUUGAUGCAGACUGAUGGGCUUUGAGGUGGAGGUCAUUUUGCAACGUUAGGAUUUCUAUCUCUACCUGUCCAGCAUCCAAUUUGAACAGAGCACUUAGUUGCUCAGCAGUGCAUGUCAUGUCCACUUGCAUGAAAGGAUUUGUAACGGCUUUUUCUGUCCUUAAUGCGCCGCCGGGUGGGUAGUUAGCAUUGAAACUUUCGUGACGCAGACUGAAGUGUCUCGCCACAUUGUGCCGCUUUGCCGUCGCAACAGUCGUCCCGCAAAUGAGACACACACACUUUUCUUUGACUGACGUAAAAAGAACUCUUCCUCCCAAACACUGUGAAAAUGGUAUGUUUUCUGUCGCUUUUCUGCCAUUUUUUGGGGGGUAAAUCACAACUAACUCCUCAUCGUUGCUGCACCACUUCCUUGUGUCAGGAGUCGGACGUGACGUGCGCGCAAUAUUGACAUUUGACUUCAGAAAAGGCCAGAGUUUGUUAUACAUAACAUUUUUGUUUUAAUUUUUUUUAAUGAAAUAAAAUGAAAUUAAAUAUCGUCAUUUUAAAAUCUACGUUAAUGCAAGCGUUUUUUAUUCAAAAACAACAGCAAGAAAAUUUUUUUAGGCGAAGCUAUAUUUUGACCAGUACUAUUUUAGAACGUGCCUCGCGGGCGCCUUAAGUGCUCCUUGCGGGCACCGCGUUGGUGACCCCUGCUCUAGAGUAACAAAUCAGCACUAGUCCUAAAAACUGCGAUGUUUUUCACAGAAACAGGGAAGAAUGCCAGGACUUUACUGAGAAAGAGGAAUUCGAAUAAAUAGCUUAAGUUAUAAGUAAUAUGAAGCUUUGUGAGCCGGAUAAGUCUGUAGAAAUUGUUCUUUGUGUCUUUUUGGUGAAGCAGAUGACUCAUGAGUUGUCUUGUUAAAGUCUUUUUUUUUUGCCAUGCAUGUCUUUGGAUUUAAUGUGGAGGAGGGUGAAAUGAGGUUAUAUGCUCAUAGAAUCAUUAUAACAUGCACCACUGUAAUAAAUAUUAAUUUUAUACACCAUUCACAGAAUCAGUUUCCCAAGCAUCAAGCUUAUUUUGUUGGGGUAAUAAAUAUCAGUUUCAGUUUAUCAUUUUUUUUUUUUUAACAGGCAGCAGCACAAUACAAAAAAUGCAGGCACUCGUCACCAGCCUCAGUCAAUGUUCAUGUCAAAUAUCUGAAAAAAGUGUCUCUUUGGCUUUGAUUGUGGCAUGCACAAGAAACAACAACUAAUUGUGUGAGUGGCAAUUCUUUGGGUGGAAAUGCUUUUUUGAAGAAUGGUGUCAUUAAAAACUGAUUGGAUUGAGUGACCAGGUAGACUAUUGUAUAGGACAGAGUAAAUAAUCAAAAACUGUUUUGCUAAUUUUUGAAAUUUGAGGUUCUUGUUCUAUGUUCCAGUCUUGAAAUUGUGGGGCAGUUUUCCUGAUCCUAUUAUUUCAGCCUCUUUAAUUGUGACUCUGCUUUGCUAGCCUUUCGAGACCCUGACUCGGUAGUCCUAAAUUAUAUGGCCACCACAGCAGGCCAGCAGAUCUGGGAGUAAAGGCAUGCCCAGGAGAGUGACAAGGAUCUGCAUGCCUUCUUCACUUGCAGGAUGAAACCAGAAGCAGUGGACAGAAUGGAAACAAAGCAGCAUCAGGAACAGUCUAAGGUACUCAACAUCCAGAUUCUGGAGAACAAACUUGAUAUUUUUCGGUCAGGGUUAAGUUCCAGAGGGACUGUGAUCUUUGCCAUACAAGCAUACAAAGUCCAGGGGUAGAUGUUUAGUGAUGUUUAACAGCAGCUGGUGCGACAUUGCAAUCAUUGUUCCUUUUACACUGCCUUAUGUGAACUACAUGAGGCUGUAACUCAACACUAGACUUAUCACCAGGACACUGCUCUUUUUGUGGUGGGGCUUUUUCCACAGCUUAACUUCAAACACAGUGACAAACUUCCAUUAACAUAUGUCCUGGACCACUGCAUUGCUACCUCCAUUGUGGAGCUUGCUACUGGAAUCUCAACAAAUGCAACGCUGUGUCCUAUGAUGUAUGAGUGUUGAUGGACAUGAAGAGAGCUAGGGGAGGAAACGUUUCUAUUGGGUGGAAAGUCCCAGUCCCUGGGACUAUAUUAGGAAGAAACUGUGUAUUAUAAACUCAAUAAGUGCAAUUAGAUAACCAGGAAAUUCAGUCUAGUUUUAGCAUGAUCUGUUUUGUUAAAGAUGUUAACUAUUAACUGAGACCCAAGUUCAAAUAUGUUUUUGUCAGUUGAAAGCAAUAUCAUGGUUUCUUGUGGUACCACAUCUCAACAACACAAGGAGGAUUUAUUGUAUCUAUUUUAAUUUUGAUUUCAUUGUUUGUUUGUUUUUUCACUUCAUUGAUAUGGAAGAGUUAAAUAUCAUUGAAAUAUGAUUUUGUUUUAGUAACAAUAGCAGUCUUUGUAAGUGAAGUGGGUUUUUUGUUUGUUUGCGUUUCUUUUUUCUCUUUAUUACAUUGAGUGUUUCUUUAUAUUUAAAUCCAAACCUGUAUUCUGUGCAGGACCAUUGGGCUUUAUCUUUGAAAAAUAUCAGCAGAACACCGUUGAUCUUACAGACUUUACUCUAUUAAAAUCUCUGUGAUUGGACUGAUAAAGUGAUGGAUGUCAAACUGACAUUUUGAGGUUGGUAAAGUAUGUGGAUUGUGUAGUAUGUGGUUAUAAUUUUUGACAGAUAUUUACCUAGCAUAGGUAAUUUAACUGGAGGCUAAAGGUUAACCCUAUCUGACUGGCAAUCCCAUCAUUAUUACAUGCUAAUGUGCAAUAAAAUGGAUGACCUCAGA